UACUUGUUAAUAAAUUAUAAAGUUGAUGAGUUCAAUUAAUCGCAUUGAUAAUAAAUGUGGUAAUUUUCCAUCCAGUAAUAUACCUUUUUGGUUAAAACAUUUAGAGAAGUUUUUCUACAACAGAUGACAUGCGAUAAGAGUUUGAAGAAAACAUCGGUAUAUUAUUAAUUACACAGGAUUUAGUUGCAGUAUAAACGAGUAGAGCGCGCUAAAAUUCACAUGCGCAACUUCUUUACUUUGCUUAUCAUUCUACUUCACCUAUUCUCUCUCGGCUUUGCAUCGAAUACAUUCGUGCUACAAUUACAGCGACGUUCUCCAACGACUCGUACUCCCUAUAAGUCGUUCUUAUCAUAAAAAAUAUAAAAAAUAGGGUGUGGGCUACCUCCCCUUCUCCUUUUGACGCCAAUACAAGAACCAUUGGAAAUUAUUGUCGUCGCCAUACGAAGGAUUCAAAUGGCUCGAAGUUGACUGCUGGACUAACGGAAAACCUGGCCAUGGAUGCUGAGGACAACAUUGGGAGACGACCAGCAACUCGAGUAUUCAAAAAAUCUAGUAACAAUGGAAAAAUUACCGUUUAUUUGGGAAAACGUGACUUUGUUGAUCAUGGAACACACAUUGAUCCAAUUGAUGGUAUGGUGUUGAUUGAUCCUGAAUAUGUGAAGGACCGUAAAGUAUUUGCUCAUGUUUUGGCAGCCUUCAAAUAUGGCAGAGAAGAUCUUGAUGUUCUUGGAUUGACUUUCCGAAAGGAUCUCUUCCAAGUAUCGGAACAAGUUUAUCCACCAGUCUCCAAUACAACAAGACCGUUGACACGGUUACAAGAAAGGUUACUGAGGAAGUUAGGAAACAAUGCAUACCCAUUUUUUUUCGAAUUAUCACGAAAUUGUCCCGCAUCGGUGACACUUCAACCAGGCCCUGGUGAUACUGGAAAGCCAUGUGGUGUUGAUUAUGAAGUUAAAGUAUUCGUAGGCGGCUCCGAUGAUGACAGAGCACAAAGACGGAACGCUGUGAAACUCGCCAUCAGAAAAAUUAUGUAUGCACCGUCUAAUCCAGGAGAACAACCCUCAGUAGAAGUUAGCAAAGUAUUCAUGAUGUCGCCAAAUAAGCUUCAUUUAGAAGCAUCAUUAGAUAAACAACUCUAUCAUCAUGGAGAAAGCAUCGCCGUGAAUGUUCAUAUAGCCAAUAAUAGUAACAGAACAGUGAAAAAAAUUAAAGUGUCUGUAAGGCAGAUUUCUGAUAUUUCUCUUUUUACGACAGCACAAUAUAAAUGUACUGUAGCUGAAACUGAAAGCGAUGUAGGAGUUGCGCCAGGAUUCACCUUGAGCAAGGUAUUUUCUCUAAAACCAACUCUUGCUGCCAACAAGGACAAACGAGGUCUCGCCCUAGAUGGGCAACUUAAACACGAGGACACCAAUCUCGCUUCUAGUACCAUUGUAGCAGACCCAUCUCAGAAAGCCAAUCUUGGAAUUAUUGUUCAGUACAGAGUCAAAGUUAAAUUAAGCUUAGGAGCACUUGGAGGUGAACUUGUUGCUGAACUACCGUUUAUACUAAUGCAUCCAAAGCCAGAAGAGUUACCACCAGAGCCUGCACCAGUAAAUCCUCCCCAUAGAACUGAAAACGGGGAAGUUCCGGCCGAUCUGAUACAACUGGAUAUGGAAAAUGAGGAUGCGGAUGAUGACAUCAUAUUUGAAGAUUUUGCUCGUCUUAGACUCAAAGGCGAAGCAGAUGUCUGAAGAUAUAGUAUUGGUGAUUCUUGUAUGUAUCAUCAAAAAACAAUCAUAUAAUAUGUGGAAAGUUGACUACAAACUGAAUACAAAUUAUUAAAAUAAUACUCUCAUGAAUUGUCUUCGUUGUUAAUGAAGAUAUACAGUGCAUUGUGAAAUGAUGCAUUUUUUAUACGUAGAGCAAAAGACUCUCUACAUCAUUGAGAAGACAUUUUAAUGUUCAUUGCCAACAACAAUUGAUUUAAUUUGUAUUAUUGGUGGAAAACCAACUACGCUUAUUGAACUAUUUUUUUAUUUGCACUUAUACGUGCGGGCACGAGUAAGGAUAUUUUGCAAGAGAAAAAAAUAAGCCGUUUACGCACACAGUUUGCACACACUACAAAUAAAUUAACUUGAAUGUGUUUGUAUAUUACGUAGAUUUCUACUGAGUUAUCUUGUCACUAAUGCAAAGAUUUAAUUUAUACAGCUAAUUAAUUAAUUUAUUGAUACUAUAGGAAUGCAAUCUUUUUUUACUAAUUAAUCUUCACUUUUGUCUUAGAUUAUUUUUUGUCUUAGUUGAUUGUUAGUUUAAUUUUAUAACAGCAGGUUGCUUUUACACACACAAAUAUGCUCGUUUGUUAUAAUUAAUUAAUAGUAAUAAUGGCAUUUGGAAUUGUAAAAGUAUUGAGGAUAACAAUCGAUUGUAUUAUGUGUUUUCUAACAAGAAAUUUCUACCUCAGUAUAUAUUUAUUUUGAUUCAUUGCACAAGGCUUAUAUAAUUCCAAACAAAAUGCUUUCAGUCAUUAAAUAAUAUUCAAGAGAUUUAUUUAUAAAUUUGAAAAAAAGAGAUGGAACAAUCGUUUGCACAGAGGCUUACACUAAUAAAAUGUUUGGAUCAUAAAUGCAUUUGUCUAUAAAUUAUUGAAAAAUCAUUUGUCACGUGUGCAUUGAAAAUAUUCCGUAAAAAUGAAUAAAUGGUCAAUCGAAUGUUUAAUUAACGUGCUUAAAUGCACGGUAAAUAGUCUUUAUGUAGUUUUAAUAAAUGUGGCAUUAGAUUAUGAAUAAAAUAAGUAAGAACCUAAAAAAAUACGAUCUGUAAAAUAAAAUAAAUAAACAGACGUGAAUAAAUAAUAUUUGUAAGAAUUAAAAAAAAAAAGAAAAUAUUUUAUUUUGUAAUACUCGAACAAAAAUUUAUAAAUUUUUGCCAAUCAGCGUUAUCUUUAUGUUGCGCAAAUUCUACUAUAGUACUUUAUUGAAUUUUAAUAUUUAUUCGGAGAAAAUGUUCAAUCUUUUAAAAAAUUUUAAACAACAAAAAAUAAAAUUUUAUAUCAAAUGCCGUUUUGCUAAAAUUAAAAUGUUUACAAAAUUCUAUGAUUGUAUUUUCUGAAAGAAUGAUAAUCACUGAGGGCAUAUUGCGCAGCAACGAAUGAUAAAUAGAAAGUAAAUUGGAAAUGAAAAUAUUUGUAAAUGUCGAAUAAAUAUUUUUUAAUUAUUUUACAAAUAUUUACACAUAAUAACUAUAAAAGUAAUUCUGAUGUAAGUGUAUAUGAAUGGAAAAAUGUAUUUGUUCAAAAUUUCAGCACUAUUAUAGAUGAAUUACUGACUUGGUCAGGAUAAUCCAUUAAAUAAACGCUUUGAUAGAACUAAAAAUACAUAAAA